CCUCCUCCCUUUCUCUCUCUACUCUCUAGCUCAGUCACAAAGCAGUCAUACUGGACUGCCCCUAUAAAAGCUAGAUUGAGACAAAGACAGAGUCGAAAUGUUAAAAAAUGUUGAAAAAAACAGACAAUGACAGUACGCAACAGGACAUUUUUUUCUUCGUUUAUAGAAUUAAGCUAUAUUCAUAUUUACAUAAUUACAUUGUUUAUAGUCUAACACUACACUAUCCUUCACUUACAUACACCGCCAUUCCCAAAUCAUUCCAACUGUCACGGGCCCUAUAAGGCCCGACCCAUUUCCUGUUUUCGGGUGUUUACCCUCACCUUUCAGAAAAUUUUCAAGAAAAAAUCGAUUAGAGAUUGAAAAAUGUAUUCUGCUAUGCCCAUACACAGUUUGGCAUUGGAUGGGAGUGGAAGGGAGUAUCCAUUUGAUGGCACCAACUUGGUUGGGGAUCUAUGUGUUGUUCUCACGACGGAUCCGAAGCCCCGACUAAGGUGGACUUCGGAGCUCCACGAAAGAUUUCUUGAUGCUGUAACCCAGCUUGGUGGCCCGGAUAAAGCAACCCCAAAAAUGAUAAUGAGAACUAUGGGAGUGAAAGGCUUGACAUUGUAUCAUUUGAAGUCGCAUCUUCAGAAGUACCGCUUGGGAAAGCAAGCUAACAAGGAGUUAACUGACACCUCUAAAGAUGCAUCUUGCGGCGCUGAGAGUCAGGAUACUGGUUUAUCUACAUCAGCGUCAUCAAGAAUAAUGUCACAAGAUAUAAUUGAUGGCAACCAGGUUACAGAGGCUUUACGAGUACAGAUGGAAACUGAACGAAGACUGCGUGAGCAGCUGGAGGUCGAGCGUCAUCUCCAGAUGAGAAUAGAAGCACAGGGCAAGUAUCUACAGUCAAUUCUUGAUAAAGCUUGUAAAGCUCUUAAAGAUGAAGACGUGGUCUCUACCGGGCUAGAGACUGCCAGGGCAGAACUCUCUAAACUUGCUAUCAAGGUUACUAAUGACUUUGACAGGAUUAUCUUGCCGCCUUCCAUUGGCAAAAGCUUGGUGUUGGAUGGAAGUCCAGUUCUCCCUGCAUCACAGGCUGCUGCCCUGAAAAAAAGACCAUGGCCUUUGUUUAGUAAUGGAGACCCGUUGCUUAUUAAUGGCAAUAUACAGGCAGCCGAGUGGAAGGCGGCAAAUUUUGAUGAAUCGAACAACGCUGCCUUUUUUCACUGUGUCUUGGAUAAUGCUAAAUGAUUGAGCAAUAUUGUAAACUGUAGUGUCAUUGGUUUGUAUAUUCUUGAAGUUGAUUUUCAUGGAUCAAGAAACUUCAUAAUGAUUUUCGUUAUUCCCUUCUAUUUGUUGAAGUUGUUAGAGAGAGCACCGUGCCUAUCAUUUCAAUCUUAUUAAUAAAGACCUUUGCUUAUUUUGAUACCA